AUGCAACAGCAACAGCAGCAGCAGCGGCAUGACAGCGGCAACAGCAGCAGCAGCAGCAGCAGCUCGGCAGCGGCAGCAGCAGCUGCUGCUAGCAACAGCAACAGCGCGAGCGGCAGCAGCAGCAGCAGCAACAGCGACGCUGGCGGCAGCGGCAGCAGCAGCAGCGGCAACAGCAGCAACAGCGGCAGCAACAGCAGCAGCAGCGGCAACGCUGCUGCAGCAACAGCAACAGCUGAGCAACAGCAGCAACGGCGAGCAGCAGCAACAGCAGCAGCAGCAGCAGCAGCGGCAGCAACAGCGGCAGCGGCGCAACAGCAGCAGCAGCAACGCGCAGCAACGGCAGCAGCAACAGCAGCAGCCGGCAGCUUAGCAGCAGCAGCGGCAGCAGCAGCAACAGCAGCAGCGGCAGCAACAACAGCAGCAGGCCAGCAGCAGCAACAGCUAGCGGCGGCAACAGCGGCAGCAGCGCAUGACGGCAGCAGCAGCAGCAACAGCGGCAGCAACCAGCGGCGGCAGCAGCUGGCGAGCGACAGCGGCGACAGCAACAGCAGCAGCGAUAGCAACAGCAGCAGCGGCUGCGGCAAUGCUUGCAGCUGCGCCAGCAGCAGCGCUGCUAAUGCAGCUGCUGCACCAGCAGCUAGCUGCUGCUGCUGCUACUGCAGCAGCUGCAACAUGCUGCUGCUGCACAACGCUGCUGCUGCUGCUGACUGCUGCCGGACUACUGGCAACGCGGCUGCUGCUGCCAGCAGCUGCUGCGGCUGCAGCUGCUGGCAUGCAAUGCCGCCAGCAUUGCUGCGCAGCAACUGCGGCUGCUGCUCUGCUGCUGCUGACUGCAACGGCUGCUGCCGCAAUCUGCUGCUGCUGCUGGCAGCGGCUGCUGCGCGCUGCGGCUUGCUGGCGCCAGCUACUGGACAGCUGCUACUGCUGCUGCGGCUACUGCUGCUAGCUGCGGCUGCUGCUGCUGCUGCUAACAGCAACAGCAGCUGCGAUUGCCGCUGCUGCAGUCUGCUGCUGCCUUUAUCUGCGGCUGCUGCUGCUGCUGCUGCUGCUGCUGCUUAUGCUGCUGCUGCUGCUGCUGCAACUGCUGGCUUGCCCUGGCUGCUGCUGCUGCUGCUGCUGCUGCUGCUGCUGCGCAACUGCUGCAGCGUAACGCUGCUGCUAGCGGCAACGGCUGCUGCGGCUGCUGCUGCUGCAGCAGCAACAGCGGCAGCAGCAGCGGCAGCAGCAGCUAGCAGCAGCAGCAGCAGCGGCAAGCAGCAACGACAGCAACGGCAGCAGCAACAGCGGCGGCAACGGCAGCGACGCAGCAGCAGCAGCAGCAGCAGCAGCAGCGGCAGCG